ACAACCCCUCUACCCAACCCUCAAACCCUCUAACCCUCUAACCUCUAGCACCGUCUUUCAUUCUUACCCCCCUCCGCUUAUCACGUCCUUUUUCUACUAUUUUUACCUUUUGCUAUCUUCUGCAACCCCUCACCUUACUUUCCUCUCUCUCCUUUUUUCUUCUCUUCUCUCCCCUCUCCUCUUCCAUCAUGUCCCAAUCCACCUCCAGCCAGACCACUCAAACUCCCGAUGCCGCCGCCCAAGUCGCCGGACAGUCCUCCCCCCAUGCCUCCAGCACCGCCGAACUCGCCAAUCUUAAAGUAAAAUUGCGCUCUGCUCUGCGCCAGUUCCCCGACUUCCCCUCCCCCGGUAUCCUCUUCGAAGAUAUCCUGCCUAUCUUCGCCGACCCCUCGCUGCACGAGGCCCUCCUCCGCUCUCUGGAGCUUCACAUCCGCGAGGCCCAUGCUGGUCAGAAGCCCGACGUUAUCGUCGGCCUCGACGCCCGUGGCUUCCUCUUCGGCCCUAGCCUGGCCUUGCGACUUGGCGCCAGCUUCGUCCCCGUGCGCAAGCAGGGCAAGCUCCCCGGUCCCUGCCAGACCCAGGCCUACGAGAAGGAAUAUGGCCAGGAUUUCUUCCAGAUGCAGGCUGAUGCCAUCAAGCCGGGUCAGAAGGUGAUUGUUGUGGACGAUAUCAUUGCCACCGGCGGUUCGGCUUGGGCUGCGGGUGAGCUGAUCAACAAAUUGGGCGGCGACCUCAUGGGCUUCAUCUUCAUCCUCGAGCUUGAGUUCUUGAAGGGCCGGGAUAAGCUUCCUGCUCCCGUUUACACCCUGCUUUCCGGCCAGGAGAGCAAGAACUAAACCCGAUAAUACCAAAAUAAUGCCUGUUAUUUCCUUUGUUGUGUGACGAAUUCGAUUUGCAUAGCUUGCCGGCGGGCUUGGUUACCACCAAACAGAAAAAAAGAACGAACAAUCUUGGAAUUCGCUUGCUCGGGUCCCUUCCCUCGCCCGCAGAUGCCUUCAGCUUUUGUUUCGGCCAUUUUGAGCGGCACCACCUCUCAAUCAUGAAUUGGGCUGCAUCCUGCAGCGGAUAGUCUGCAUGCUCUAUGCAUGCAUGGGAGCCGUUCAAGCGACGGGCUCCCCCUUGGGCGUUCGGGUCCUCCCUUCAUGUCUGGAUGAAACACCAGAUCUGAUUGGAUCGCCGGUCUACAUCCUAUGAGCUUGAUAUAUGGCAUUGGAACACUUGUGAAUUUGCAUGUCUGCCGAGAGUCAUCGGUAUUCCUUGUUUGUUCUGUCUAUCUUUCCUGAGUACCUCUAUAGACUUGAUUGAAUACACCAUCGUA